UAAAGAGUACCCAGUUGUUCCCAGGAGCACAGUGAGACAAAAAGUGUCCUCGAAUCACAGCCCCUUCAGUGGUGAGACCAGGGUCCUUUCUGCGUCUUCCAACCUGGGCUCCCAGUACCAGUGCGAGAAUGGGGUGUCGAGCACCUCCCAGGACCUGCUCCCACCUGCCAACCCCUACCCAAUCUCCCAGGAGCACAGCCAGAUCUACCACUGCACCAAGAGAAAAGAUGAGGAAUGUUCCACCACUGAGCAUCCCUACAAGAAGCCCUACAUGGAAACUUCUCCAGCAGAUGAGGACCCUUUCUACAGGUCCAGUUACCCCCAGCAGCAGGGACUGAACACUUCAUACAGGACUGAAUCAGCCCAGCGCCAAGCAUGUAUGUAUGCCAGCUCUGCUCCCCCCACGGACCCUGUGCCCAGCUUGGAGGACAUCAGCUGUAACACGUGGCCGAGUGUGCCAUCCUACAGCAGUUGCACAGUGUCUGCCAUGCAGCCGAUGGACAGGUUACCCUACCAACAUUUCUCUGCCCACUUCACCUCGGGGCCGCUGAUGCCCCGGCUCAGCAGUGUGGCCAACCAUACCUCCCCACAAAUAGGAGAUACCCAUAGCAUGUUUCAGCACCAAACCUCUGUUUCUCACCAACCCAUUGUGCGGCAGUGUGGACCUCAAACUGGCAUCCAGUCCCCCCCAAGCAGCUUACAGCCCGCAGAGUUCCUGUAUUCCCACGGCGUGCCUCGAACCCUUUCUCCCCACCAAUACCACUCGGUCCACGGCGUGGGAAUGGUGCCAGAGUGGAGCGAGAACAGCUAACAAGGGAGUCAGGAAAGUGCAAGAGCAUUAACCAUGGAAA